AUGGACACAGAAAUUGAUGCACAAAAAAGUCAUGACGAUCAAAAUCAAAACAGUGAUGUUAUGGGCAGUGAAAAUAUUGAAAAUGGAGAGGCAACAAAUGACAGUCAUCAUUUGUGUGGACCAUCAAACCAGGAAGCAUACAAACCAUUAAGUGAUAAACACAAGUUAAUUGCUAUAGACGACCUUUGUCCAUGUAUGCUUGAUAGUGGUGUUACUACUGGUUUCGUCAGUGACACAACAGAUUGUAGUGCCUGUAAACUGAGAAAUCAGGUGCAAUAUGAAACGGACGUCACCAUGGUUGGCGCAGCAUGCCCAAAAUUCCCUCGUCUUUGUUCAGCGCAAUAUAGUGCUUUUGACGGUAAAUGA